GUGCUUUUCACGGAAAUGCUUCACCUGAAGUUUGCCUCCGGACAGUGAAAGUUUGGAGCUGGAGAGGAAGGACGCGGCGGGGAGACGCUUCAAAUGGAGAGAGGGUGAAUGAGCCCAUCUGGUUCAUUGAAGUCUCGCAAGGCCGUAUCUCCAGUUCCAGGUGGUAUGUCAAACCGUGACUCGCUGGGGUUUGGGGACCUGCUUCCGCAGGAUGUGGUUCAGGUUUUUGCCCAGGAGAAGCACAGCAAAAGGGGCCGCAAGAAGCGCAGUCACUCCCUUGGCCGGGCUCUGGGCUGGCUGAAGGGCAAGAAGAGGAAGGAUCUUGGCGCUAAUGGGCAAAACCUGGGUCUAGGUCCUGCACUUGACUUGGCCUUGGAUGGGCAUUCUGCUGGGCAUCAGGGUGGACACAAGGGAGGGCAGAGGUCAGGAAGACAGACACAUCCACACGGAAACAGUCAUGCUGUCCCAAAGCGAGAUGAUGAUGACAAGGCCCCGGCACCCCUGCUGCUCCAGGAGAAUGUGUUCAUUGAGGCCAGCAGGCCCAAGUACCUGGAGGACCUUCACACUGAGGCCCUGGAGGGAUUGAAAAUGAUGCAGCAGGAAGAAACCAAUAAUGGAGUGGAAUACCAGGAUAAUGAAAGCACAAUUUCCACAAUGACGGUCCAAACAGAUGGAGAAGGUGGAGGUUUUAUGACAGACAGCACCAUUCCUGACACAUCCUCUGUCGUCUCUGUACAAUCAUCUGUGUCCACAAGAUCGUCCCGCUCUGGACUCACCAGGCAAGGAUCAACGUUCAGGCCCUUGAACUCUGGGAAGAAGACUGAAAAGACUAAAAGGAGAAGACACAGGAGGACUGUUGUGGGUAUCCCACAACAUGUUCAGAGAGAGCUGGGGUUGGAUAGAGUGGGCUGGACAGUGACUCAGAAGUUAGAUGAGGAAAACCUUUAUAAUGGUGAGACAGAUGACAGCUCCACCACUGAUGGCCCACAGCAGGCAACAGAGUCACAAAAAGGAGCCAGUGCCGGCCUUCAGGAUAAGGUCAUCCAGUCCCUAAACAAAGACCGGGUCGAGCAGUUAAGUGCCACCCAUGCUGGUCAUAGGGACGACCUGGCCCUAUUGCACCGUCUUGGUCCUGACUUGUCAGGUGGACAGAGGCCCCGGUCCCUGGCUGUUCCCUGGAUGACCACUGCCAACAGCCUCCAGCAGGAGCCGCCCAGUCCCGUCAUGUCCAUGUCACCCCAAGCUGCUUACAUGUCCAAAAUCAUUCCCAAUGCCGUGUUGCCACCAUCCAUCGAGGUGGUAGAAAUCAGCCGUGGACGGAGUCGCAGCAGCCUCCGCACUGUCAGCAAGAGCAGCCUGCUGCUCUCCAGCCCAGCCCCCUCCCGUGCUUCCUCUAGAGCAUCUUCAUCCAGAACCACCUCCUCCAGAGCUUCCACCAUCACCUCUGCCUCCCGCUACAACCCCCCCAAUCUGUCUGACAGCUCUUGUUGGAGCAACUCGGAGUCCUCAGAGACCUUAGUGUCUGACUCCUCAACCAUCUCCAGCGGAAGCGGCCACAGGCAGAGGACGUCACAGGACGGAGAUGCUUCUGCUAGAGAGGACAAAUUCAGUGUUCACUCCUCUAUCAGCGGGGCUUCCAAAUGCACGUCUAAUGGAAAGCUCAGUCGGAAAGCAGACAUGAUCAAGAGAGAGGGGCAGUUCACACGUAGCCUCUCUGUCAUGAAGCCGAAGAAGGCUCCUCCUCCUCCAAGCCGCUCCUAUUCUCUCCACAAUAAGAUGAAGCGACGAUCGCGUGAUCUAGCAGAGGUUAGGGUAAUUUCAGGGGAAUCUUCUCUCCAUAGGAUCUCAACCUCAGGUCAGGAAAAUAAAAAAAACAAAUUGGGAUCUUCUCCUAUGCCCUCCAGAAUCGUAGACAGCCCUGGCUACAGUGCUGACACCAGUUCUCUGGACGACUCUACAGGCUCUAUGUCGUUCAGUCCCAUUAAAUCCCAGGCACUAAAGGCAGAGGAAGCUGCCAAUGUUGAGGAAAAAGUUUCCAGAGAUGCUUCACAAGAGAAGAAGGAACCACUUAAGGAAAAUAAGCUAAGCAAAAUAAUCUCCCCGUCCAGUGGCUACUCUAGCCAAGAUGCCACAUCCCCACAGCUUUCUAAACAGCCUCACAGCUCAUCUCCAAGGCACAAAAGAGGCAUCUUAGCAAAGCUUCAAAGGUUAUUUCCUGGGUCCACUUCUGCUGGUUCAGCUCCAUCCCCUCUCACACAGCCAGAGGCUCCUGAAAACACUAAAUCCACUGGGGAUCCUAAACCUGACUCUGUUGACACAGUCGGCAUCAGUGCCUCUGUAAGGACCUUGAGAGAACUCUUCAACAUCCCUCCGCCACCUAAAGUCCACGCACCUCCACCCCCUCCUCCAGAGGUAUGGGCUCACAACAAGCGUACCUUUGAGUUGCUGCUGGGACCCCCGGCACCUGACAACGUGUAUGCUAUCAUAAAGAAGAAUCCAAAGGACAGGAGACAACAGAGGCAGUGCCCCUCUGCAUCUACAGAGGGCUCUGUGAAGAGCUUGGUGAUAGAAAGAAAACACAAGGAUCCUGCUAUAACAGUGGAGUCGAUUAAUGGAUCCCUAAACGUAUUGGAGAGAAAGAAAGCUCAAGAUAGUGUGAUUUUGAAUGCAGAGACUUAUAAAGAGAACAAUGAAAGACUGGCUGAGAAUGUAGACUUGAAAGGAAAUAGCAAAGUGACAGAAAAAGAUGAGAAAGUAAGAGUAAGUGACAUAUUAAAUGGGAUGUUAGUGAAGGCUGUAGAGAAACGUGAAGACAGGCUGGCAGCAAUGAGAGAAGAAGAAGCCAAAAAGACAUCCACAGAAGCUACAGGGGUAAAGACAAACAUGGAUACCUUACCUGCCAUUUCAUUAUUACGCAUUUCUCCAUCCCCCUCUUCACCGGUGUCGCACCAUCCUCCCCAACCCCUUGCCAAACAGACCACAGUAGUUGCUUCUGUCACAUCAGCAGGAACUGCUGUGUCCCCUGAGUCAUCCUGGCCUCCACCACCUCCACCAAUGGCACACAUGGGCAACGGUGGGCCUGAUGACAUAGAUUUUCCCCUUCCGCCUCCCCCAUUGUUUGGUGAGGUAGGGUUAGACAUACCAGUUCAGGUGCCACCAGUGAGGUUCGUUCCUGGUAGUGACUCUUCUCGUACAACUACAUCUGUUGUGUCAGUGGUGAAAACAGAAUGCAUUAAGGAGACAUCAGAGGCUGAACCACAGAUGUCCAGUUCAUCCCAGGGGAUUGCACCUCCACCACUGAGUAUCCCUCCUCCCCCACCCUAUACAGCUCCCCAUCCACCAGCUAAAGCAGUUUCCCCUCCAACGAUUAAAAAGGUCUCUCCACAACCAAAAGAGGUCUUUCCACCACCACCUACAGAGGUUUCUCCUCCACCACCUACAGAGGUUUCUCCUGUGAUGCUCAAAAAGUCCUCUCCUCCUCUGGUUCAAGAACUCCCCCCUGCACUUGUUAAAGAUGUCUCCCCUACAGAGGUUAUCGAGGUCUCCCCUCUGCCUCCUAAAGAGAUCGCCAUUCCAUCUAGUGAAGACGUUGCUCUUCUGUCUCAAGAAGAUGCCUCUCAAUCUUCUGUGGAAGCAACACUUGUUAGCAGGCUCAAUCCACCACAGAGUAUUCCACCACCACCAUCCCUACUGUCACAACCCCAGUUGUCAGAGCAGGAUAUUCAUCUUUCACAAGAGAACAUCCCAUCAGAAUCUGAAACUAACCCAGUUUCAUCUAACAGUAUUCUCACUCUCCCGCAGAGUGUUCCACCUCCACCUCUCAUAGAGCUUCUGCACCAACCUCAGGUUGUACCCUCAAACACUGAUGGUCCAGCAACCGACAAAGCCCCACUUUCGCUACCAUCCAAAGUCUCAGAACCACCAGCCACUGAAAUGUCUCCUUCAACUGAAAAGGCUCACGAACCUGAUCCUUCUUCACCUGUAAACAUUCCUUUACCUCCACCUUUACCUGUGCAGGGUCUUUCCAGUAUUAAGCACCAGCCUAGUCUUGCAGGCACAGAAAACCAAAGCCAAGAGCUGACCCCGGCCCGUGUUAUACAGGAGGAGCCCACUCCCAUUGUCACCCCCUCACUCCUGCAGAUGGUCAAACUGCGGUCCAUCAACAGCAGUCCUGAGCCCCCUAAAGCUCAAGAGCAACUACAGGCUGAGGUCACAAUGCGGAAAAAGCAGCCCAGCAAUCAGGUCCCAACCUCAUCUGCCUGUGGAGAAGCCCCUCAAAAGCCAAUCAGAAGGUCUCUGAUAAUGACCUCUGCCACAGCCACUUCUCCACCUGUCAUAGUCACUUCACAACCAGCUCUGCCCAAGACCCCAUCUCUUGUGGCUCCCUCUACAUCUUCAUCCACACUCAGCUCCCCUACAAAAAAGUCUCCUCCUGCCAUGACUGCCUCUCGUUCCAUGAACCUACAGGAGGCCAUCCGUCUGAGGACAGCGGCAAGAUCAAAAGAAAGCCCUGCAUCUUGCCUCAGCCUGCACUCACCUACAUCACCAAUAGACCUCCAUAAGUCCCCCUCUGGCACAGCAAGCUUUAUUUUCUCCAAGAGCAACAAGAAAGUGGUGAUUGAGACCAAGCAGGUGCCAGAGGACAAGGCAAGUGUAAAGAAUAACCUGGAGGUUUCCUCUGUAUCAAAGGUGGUGAGUGAAGCAGAGUCGGUGAAGAAGGAAGGCAAGGUGCCACCACCUGUAGCAAAGAAACCCAAAUCAAAGGCCAAACAGAAUGAGACCAGUGAAGGGACGGAGCAAACUGCAGGACAGGAAGUACAAAAAGAGAGUGUCCAGGAUUCUGCAGAGAAGACAAAUGGGACAGCAGGUACUGUUGAGGGAGGAGAGACACCAUCGUCAUGACCGAAAGACUGAAGAUGACCUGGAAGGACUUACCAAUAACACUGAAUUCACUGCAAGUUUGUCUUUGUGUGUGAGAGACAAGAACCUGGAUUUGGAGAGAUGAGAUGCUUAUUUCUAAAACUGCAUUUUGAAACAUUCUGGAUUUUAUAGAAAAUCCUUUGAAUUUGAUGUUAAUGGUGUGGGUCUUAAUGUACACAUUUUUCAUUUUACUAACAAUAAAUUGUUUCUUUUCUUUUGCCAGAGAGCAUUCUGAGUUUUACUGUAGCGAGAGAUGGGAGUAUACCGCCCUCUAGUGUCGAACAAUGAUUGUACCACUUAUGUCCUGCUGAAUCAGAGCUAGUAGUCAGUACUCUCAACAUUGGGACUUUUGGGUGCUCAUCUGUAAAUACAGCAACAUUUUGUACAUUUACUAUAUCCAGUAAUGAUGGAUAUGUGCUAUAGCGUUCUGUUCUGUAUUUUUCCCCCAAAGAGUUUCCACACCAGAUAUUUGUUAAAAAAAAUAUUAAUUAUCUUAAGUUAUUUUUCCUGUCAUGUUCAGUUCAUGUUCAGAGAAGAGUCUCUACAUGACAGAAUGUCUUCUUUGCAAUGUUGUAUUAACCUUGAUAUCAUCAUAUGGAUCAAAUUUGUUUAUGUAGGUUUAAAUCCUAUCCAAAUUUAUGUUUUUCUCAAAAAAAAUACCAUGUUAUUUUUUGAUUCAAAGCUAUCUAUGCGCAUAACUGAUAACAGACAUGGCAAGUAAUACUGGAAUUGUUAUUUUCGAACACAUUUUCUGCUUUUAGUUACUGAUAAUGGAGGCUUUGCCUUUCUAAUAUUAUGGCUCAAACAGUGGGAUAUUUCUGUGUUGAACUAUAAUUAUGUCACAAAGACAAUGUAAUAAAUGAUCUAUAAUGAAAAGAAUAAAGAUUUAUGGACAAAUGGAA